UUUGUUCAAGGCGGGAUCAGGAAGUUGAGUUUUGAACACUAGCUAGUUACAGUUCAGAAUAUUGCAGUGGACUACAGCGGCUAGAACUUUCACUGGCUAGUGUGAUCUCUUGAGGAAAGGGAAACGCACCUACACCAGCAAUGUCGUCGACAUCACAGAAACACAAGGAGUUUGUGGCCGAGCCCAUGGGUGAGAAACCAGUGAUGGCACUCGCUGGAAUUGGAGACGUACUCGGAAGGAGACUGGAGGAGAAAGGCUUUGAUAAAGCAUAUGUCGUUCUUGGCCAGUUCCUGGUGCUGAGGAAGGAUGAAGAGCUGUUUCGGGAGUGGUUAAAGGAUACCUGUGGGGCAAACUCCAAACAGCAAGGUGACUGUUAUGGCUGCCUUCGAGAAUGGUGUGACUCAUUCCUGUAAUGAGUUUUUUUGUUGUAUUUUUUUUCUUCCUUUUUUGGUUUGCUUGUGUGUGUUUUUUUGGGGUUUUUUUUUUCUUUUUUUUUUUUCUUUUAAACAUCGGUUUCCCUUUCCAAAAGAUACAUCAGCAGUUGGCUCAGCUUUAGCACUACAAUAUCGGUAGGAUUUUCAGACACAGACAUGAGGAUUAUACUGCCUUGUGUGUUUUUAUGUAUUGGAACUACACAUUAUUUUGCCAACAUUUUAUUGUUUUAUACUAUCUAAUCAACAACAUUGUUAAAUGCUAUCCAUGGCAUGAGUGUAGCUGUUUUGAUUCAGUCCUCCUGGUGCUGAACAUAUCGUGUGAGUUAAAGCUGCGCCUCCCCGAUGGGUUUUCUUUAUGGAACGGACAGCAUCAUUUUAUGACCUCACACUGACACGAUGUUGAAGUUUAAUUUUCAUUUCUGCACAUGUUUUAAUUGAAAAUCGCUGCAGUUGUAUCUCAUCAUUAACAUGGAGGUUGUUUUAAAAGGAUGUUCACAAUAAAUGUGGUUCAGCUGAACAGCUGUUACAUUUUUA